ACCAUCAACAAACUCGCUUCACCUCUGUGCCUUCUGUGACUCCGAUUAGGGUAGUUGCCCAAUGACAAGGAAAUCUACCACUAGUUACAUCACCAUGCUCGACAACUCCCCAAUCGCUUGGAAAACCAAGAAACAAACUGCUGUAUCAAGAUCCUCUGCUGAAGCUGAGUAUAGAGCAAUGGCAUCCACGGUUAGGGAACUACUAUGGCUAAGGGCACUAUUCCAAACCUUAAGAGUACAUCAUCCUCAGCCAAUGAGACUAUAUUGUGACAACCAAGCUGCUCUACACAUUGCAACCAAUCUAGUCUUCCAUGAACGAGCAAAGCACAUAGAACUUGACUGCCAUUUUAUUCAUAAUUGGAUACAGGUUGGUGUUAUCUCACCUUCACAUGUUUGCACUCGAUCCCAAAUUGCUGACAUCUUCACCAAAGCAUUGGGAAAGAGCAAUUUCAGUUCCUUCUACGCAAGUUGGGCAUUUACAACUUACAUGCUCCAACUUGACAGGGCGUAUUAGCUAUACUAGCUAUAUGUACAUCAUCGCAGCAUAUCAAGGCUUCAUCAACGCAACAUAUCAAGGCUUGAUUCUAGGUACUACAGAAAGUAAUUGAAUGUUAGAUUUUAACUGCUGCAUUUUAUAUCGUUACAGAGUCUGUAUAUAUUGUACAAAUUUAGCAAUUUUAAUUGAUAAAAAGGCAAUACUUUU